CUCGAUAGUUCCGACUCGGUAGAUCUGGAGCGCAUGUGGCCCCUAGAGUCCCCAAAUGAGGUUUCCUUUUUGCACAUUAAGCUAACAGCAUCAUCGCCAAAGGAGCCACAAGAGGUUCCCUCUGUGGCCUCUGAAGCGACAGGCAUUUGCCCUCCUGACCUCAGCUCAUCUGGGGAAAAGGAAAGACAAAUGCUACAAGAUGUAACAUGAUUUUAAUCAUAUUUUUGUAGUCUUUUUAUUGUCUUCUGUUUUAAAUGCCUCAUACCUUUUUAACCCUACUGCUCAUGGCCCUCACCAUCUCUACUAUCAAUGUCAGAAGUGUGAGGUCCACCAUUAGAGCACAGAGUAUUUUGUCCUUUUUAAAAUCUUUUAAGUCAGAUUUGUUUUUAUUACAAGAGUGUUCUCUGCCCUUUUUAACUAGGUACACAAAAAUGGAAGAGCUAUGGUCCGCAGGAGCCUCCAUAUGGAGCGGAUCAAAUUUUAACAAAAACGACGGAGUUGCGGUUUUAAUUAAUAAUCCUAACAUCUUGGUGAAGGGCAGCACUGUGGUGAGCCCCCCUCGGUGGUUCCUGGGGAAACUGGAGAGGGCGGUGUUUUACUUCCUGUGGGGGUCCAAGUGGGAGCGCCUGAAGAGGGAGACCAUCAAGAAAAGGCCGGAGAACGGAGGAAAAGGCCUCCCAGACCCCCACCUGUUUUUAGGCAGCCGCUUCACCGCCCUGCACAUUAGUUAUGCCACGACCCCAUCCAAAGAAAACAAGACGGCUGCAAUGGCGCGAUUUUGGAUGGGGUCUUACCUACGAACACUGAAAAUUUUACCAGUGGACUUGAAAACCCCAGUGUCUUUUAACUUGCCCAAAGAGACCGGGAACCGGUGAGUCCAGUUCCGGGCCUCACACCAAGUGAGGCCAAACCGGUUUGGCGGAACGCGGCUCACCCCGCUCUCCAGAACAGGCACAAGGACUUAUCGUGGAUGGUGGCUCAUGAGAUCUUCCCGGUCAGGGCGGUUAUGCACUCCAGAGGCAUGGCCAAAAACCCCAUCUGCCCGCGGUCCGGCUGCAAUUCUUCGGAGACCGUCCACCACCUGCUCUGGGAGUGCAGCACUGCGCGGGACCUGUGGGCCAAGACCGGCCCCCUGUAUUUCCCGUGCCUACCAGCGGGUGGGGCCCAGUUCGGGUACCAGCUCGCCAUCCUUGGGGUGGGCCGGGGCUUGAAGGACUUGACGGCACAGAAAUUUACCUCGCUCUGGCGCACCCUCAACGUCAUCAAGGAUGCCAUCUGGGCCACCAGAAACCUGCUGGUGGGGAAGCGCGUUACGGUAACCCUCCAUGCAUGCGAGCUAAAGGUAACAUCAAUGCUGCAGGGGUACCGGACGACGAUAUUCGGACGGGGGGGCCGGGGUCGCACGGAGAGGGUCCCGGCAGGCACCGACCCUGGCCGCCCGUAGAUGCACCCUCACCACUCUGGCUACGGGAACAGCGGGCCAGCGGACCGGAGGAGAGGGGAUCUCCGCUGAGUC